UAUGCAAUGCAAUGCAAUGCAAACAUACAGUAAAAAUAAUACACAAAAUAAUAAUAACAAAACAAUUCAUWGAUUUUUUUUCAAUCAAUAAUAACAAUCACUUUAUAUGAUUAUCACAUCAAUUGAUCCCAUUAUAAGUAGUGACCAUAACUUCGGGAGUCGGGUAGUAGUGGAAGUAGUGGUCAUUCAGAUAAUCAAAUGAUAUAAAUAUAUUUAAUUAAAAUCAAUGGAUCCGUUCAAAGGUGAUCAUCGCCAACAGCAGCUGAUCAACGGUGGCCAACGAUCGCCGAUACCUCCGUCAUCAUCAUCGAGAUGUCCAUCGAUGGCUGCCAGCACAUCAUCAUCGCCGCCGCCGCGUGUCCACUAUAUCUACGACUUGCCGUACAAUCAUCGCAAACAUCUGUGCGAUCUGCUGGACGCCGACCAGUCGUGGCGUCAAUUGGGCGGCCAGUAUGUCGGCCUUAGCGAGACAUCGCUGACACUGAUAUCGCACGCAYUGUUGCGCAACGGAUCGCCAACUAAUGAACUGUUGAAGAUAUGCGAGACAAGUAACACACGGAUCAACCAGUUGUUCMUAUAUUUGGCACAAAUGGGUCACAAGCGGGCACUUUAUAUAUUAAGACAGUUUGUCGACGAAAAACUUCGGCAAUUGUGUCCGGAAGAAGAUCCAGACAACGACGACAACAACGAUUACAAUAGAAAUAAUACUUCGGAUUUCGAUGCUAUGGCCGCAGCGUUGGCCGCAGUGUCCACUAAUGGACUAUCAAAACAAAAGCAAAAUAAUAAUAGUUUUUUUAGUGACGCAAAAGGUUUGCCACAAAACAGUACUAAAUAUGUGUCCACAAAAUUAUCGACCGAAAAGAAAAUACUUAACAACAAAAAUCUAAAUGAUUUGAACACAGAUUAUAGCAAUAAAUCAAAAGUCUUGGACAUGAAUAUGAAGAAGAAGACGACGAAGAAUAAGACGAUGACGACGACAACAGCGAUUGACAAUAAUUUCAAUUGUGAUACUAAUAAUGAUAGCAAUAAACGCAACAACAAUAAUAAAUCGCUAGUCGACGGCACCGUCGAUGAAAUGGAGGUCCACUAUAAGGAACUGCUUAUUGCCACCGAUGACUUUGCCAAAGAAAGAAUUCUCGGCAACGGCGGCUUCGGUACGGUAUAUAAGGGCGAAUGGAAGGGCACUAAUGUGGCCAUUAAACGACUUAAAGGAUUUCACGACAUAUCUCAAGCCCUAACUGAGCUUAAAGUAUUGAAUCGGUACCGAAUCGACAAUAUAUUACCCAUUUAUGGAGUUAGUCUGGAUGGAGCUGAACCCUGUCUUGUCUAUCAAUUUAUGCCAAAUGGUUCACUUGAGGACAGAUUACUUUGUAAGGCAAACACCAGACCGUUGAGUUGGCCGCAGAGGAUCAAUAUCGGCGAAGGUGUUGCCCGAGCGCUCAACUAUUUGCACACAUUAAAGGGCAAUGCCUUUGUUCACGGCGACGUCAAGAGCGCCAACAUAUUAUUAGACUCGCUGUUCGAACCGAAACUCGGCGACUUUGGUCUGGCCCGACAAGUAAACCCGGGUGGCAGCGGUAUCUAUACGCACUGUACGGUUAGUGCGGUGCACGGCACCAGUGUUUAUCUGCCGUUCGAGUAUCUGAGACAAAAAAUAUUGAGUCCGGCUGUCGAUGUCUACAGCUAUGGUAUUGUUUUGCUUGAGAUGGCCACCGGAAAGCGUGCUUUCGAUGGCAAACGUUUGCUCAUCGACUUCAUUGAAGAUCAUAUUAGAGAAGCUAACAAAGAGUCCAGCGAUGAUUAUACGAAACUAUUGGAUAAACGUAUAGCUGAUGGCAACGAGUCGUGCCAUUGGUUUGACUGUCUGCUCGAUUUGGGCCGUAAGUGCGCUCAUAGAUCCAAAAACAAACGACCCCCGAUGAUACAGAUCCUCGAGUAUUACAACCAAUACAAGACCAGCGAACGAAUCCGUCGCCUGUCGGCCGAAGCCUACAAUAACAAGAAUACCGUUUCGGGUAUCUCGAAGUCGAUUAUUAAGACACCGCUUGAACUGCAGCUCUGGUACGAUAUGGUUAGGAAAACUGGUGGCGACCAGAGCGAGACUUGUUGCCCGACAGUGGGUACCGAUGUUAAUGUCGAUGAUUUUGAUGGACUAUUACAAUCAAAUACACAAAUGAAUGAUAAUUUAUUGACCAUUGAUAGCAACGAAAAUAAUAAUAUUAAUAAUAACAAUGUGUUUGAUGAUGAGGAUAGGGAUGACGAGGAGGAAAGGGAUGUCGACGAGGAAAGUACACUUAAACCUAUUGAACAAAAUGCUAACAAUACAACCGUCACCAACAACUACAACAACAACAACGAUGACAUAACUGUGCCAUUGUUACCAUUAAUUACAGAGUUAGGUGUCAGCAGUAAUGGUGAUAAUAAUAGUAUUGUUGUUGUCAAUGAUAAUACAAAUUAAUUAUUUUUUUAGUACCGGUAUUUUUUUAUCAUAAAUACUAUUAAUA